UGUGUGAAGGUGAGGCGUGGGCCAGGUUCCCCGGAAGACUCAGCUCCAUUGCGCAGCGCUACGGCGACCUGCAACUCUGGAACUCGGCUGGAUGCUGAGAGUUGCAGGAGCAGCCGUUUCGGGUGGGCCCAGGCGAGGGGCAGACAGGAAUCGGCGUGGGUCCCGCGCUGGACUACAUUUCCCAGAGGGCCUGGUGGCCGUUCACUUUUCUCGCAGAAAUUCGAACGUUUCGUCACGCCUGGCGGGACCCUUAGAUCUUGGAGGUGGUAUAUUUUGGUCCGCGAGAGAAGCUGGCUCAGGUCUGCAAGAGCUUAGGUGAGUCACCCAGAAGAGGAGGAAAGAAUGCAUGAUGAACUUCUACAAACAGUAUCCAAGGGGUCAGUGAUGUUCAGGGAUGUGUCCAUAGACUUCUCUCAAGAGGAAUGGGAAUACCUGGACUCUGGUCAGAUGAAUUUAUACAAAGAAGUGAUGUUAGAGAAUUUCAGCAACCUGGUUUCAGUGGGACUUUCCAGUUCUAAGCCAGCUAUGAUCUCCUUAUUGGAACAAGGAAGAGAGCCCUGGCUGGUUGACAGAGAGUUGACUAGAGGCCUAUGUUCAGAUCUAGAAUCAAUGUGUGAGACCAAGAUAUUAUCUCUAAAGAAGAGAUAUUUCAGUCAAGUGAUACUUACCCAUGAAGACAUGACUCCUUUCAUUCAGCCCACAUUUCUUACUCCACCUCAAAAAACUAUGAGUGAAGAGAAACAAUGGGAAUGGAAGAUAUGUGGAAACACCUUUAAUCAGAACUCACAAUUUAUUCAACAUCAGAGAAUUCAUUCGGGUGAAAAACCCUAUGAAUAUAAGGAGUGUGGGAAGUCCUUUAGUUAUGGCUCACUUGUUACUCGACAUGAGAGGAUUCGCACUGGUAAAAAACCCUAUGAAUGUAAGGAAUGUGGCAAGGCUUUUAGUUGUAGUUCAUAUUUUUCUCAGCAUCAGAGGAUUCACAGUGGUGAGAAACCCUAUGAAUGUAAGGAAUGUGGAAAAGCUUUUAAUUAUUGCUCAAACCUUAAGGAUCAUCAGAGAAUUCACACUGGUGAGAAACCCUAUGAAUGUAAAGUAUGUGGAAAAGCCUUUACUAAAAGUUCACAACUUUUUCUACAUCUGAGAAUUCAUACUGGUGAGAAGCCUUAUGAAUGUAAAGAAUGUGGGAAAGCCUUUACUCAACACUCAAGGCUUAUUCAGCAUCGGAGAAUGCAUACUGGUGAGAAACCUUAUGAAUGUAAGCAGUGUGGGAAGGCCUUUAAUAGUGCCUCAACACUUACUAACCAUCACAGAAUUCAUGCUGGUAAGAAGCUCUAUGAAUGUGAAGAAUGUAGAAAGGCCUUUAUUCAGAGCUCAGAACUUAUUCAACAUCAGAGAAUCCAUACAGAUGAAAAACCAUAUGAAUGUAAUAAAUGUGGGAAGGCCUUUAAUAAAGGCUCAAACCUUACUAGACAUCAGAGAAUUCACACUGGUGAGAAACCCUAUGACUGUAAGGAAUGUGGAAAAGCUUUUGGUAGUCGCUCCGACCUCAUUCGCCAUGAAGGAAUUCAUACUGGUUGAAUGAUAGAAACUAAAGACCCUUUUGUUAACCUUUAUAAUAAGAUUUUUUAAAACAGGUAAUGAGAACAAGUUAGGGUACAGAUUAUCAAAGGUUCUCCUAUGUAUUAGUUUUUAAAGGAUACCAUAACAAAGUACCAAGUACCAAAAACUUGGUGGCUUAAAACAAGAGAAAUUUAUUCUCUUACAGCUUGGAGCCUGGGAAUCUAAAAUCAAGGGUGCUGACAGUUUUGGUUCCUUAUGAGGACUCUGAGUGAGGAUCUGUUCUAUGCCUUUCUCCUAACCUGUUAACAGCUGGCAGCCCUUGGCAUUCCUUGGCUUUUACAAAUACCUCAUUCUAAUGUCUGCUUCCAUUUGCACAUUGCAUUCUCCCCGUGUAUCUGUGUGUAUGUCUCUUAUUUGGACAUCAGUCAGAUUAGAUUGGGGUUACCUGGUGAACUCAACUUGAUUACAUCUGUCAAGACUGUAUUUCCAAGUAAGGUCAUAUAUACAGGUACCAGGGCUUAGGACUUCAGCUCCUUUUAGAUGACACAGUUCAACUCAUAAUAGCCUGUUAGCACUAUUUUGUCUAAUAUAUCUAUAAUUUCCUUUUAUAUAUAAGUUGUUAGUCAAAUAUAUAUAUUUUUUAAUUUUGUUUUGAGACAGAGUGUCAUUCUGUCCAGGCUGAAGGGCAGUUGCGCAGUCUCGGCUCACUACAACCUCCGGCUCCUGUCUGUCCUCCAAAGUAGCUGGGAUUACAGGCAUGCACCAUCAUGCCCAGUUAAUCAUUAUUAUUAUUAUUAUUAUUAUUAUUAUUGUAUUUUUAGUAGAGACAGGGUUUCACCAUGUUGCCCUGGCUGGUCUUGAACUCCUGACCUCAGUGAUCUGCCUGCCUCAGCCUCCCAAAGUGCUGGGAUUACAGGCAUGAGCCACUGUGAUGGCCAAAACAGACUUUAAACCAACACAAAUUAAAAAGGACAAAGAAGAUCAUUUAUAAUGAUAAAGGAUAAAUUCAACAAGAAGAUAAAAUAAUCCUAAAUGGGUAUAUAAAUUUUAUUGCAGUUAGAGCCCUGGGUUGAGGAAUGACCUGAGAGUACUGGAUAUUGCAGACGGAUGUCUUUAGGGCAAAGAUAUUAAGGAUAUUUGCCUUGAUGCUUUCACACUAUAUUGUGGUAGUAACACUGAACGUGUUGGGAGAUAGAACAAGAAACCUCUUUCUAGGAAUAUGCAUACUAAUAAAUGUUUUAUCAAACUUGUUCAAACAAGACAGGAGAACAAUUUUCAUUAUAAUUUCAUUUCCAUUUCUGUGUUAUAAUACAAACUGAUCAUUUGUUCAAAUGUUUAAAAGGCAUGUUCAUGCUACUAUAAAUGCUUGUUUCUCCACA